GUGGUACCCGAGUUAGCCUGAUUUCACCGCGAACAGCAUUCUUCAAUUCAGUUCAAAUUACCAAACGCUUCAGCUUGUAGUGACAAAUUCAAUGGCGGAGGAAGUGAUUUUGUUGGACUUCUGGCCGAGCCCGUUCGGGAUGAGGGCCAGGAUUGCCCUGCGAGAGAAGGGCGUGGAGUUCGAUAUGAGGGAGGAGGAUCUGAGCAACAAGAGCCCCCUGCUCUUGAAGAUGAACCCAGUCCACAAGAAGAUCCCCGUCCUCAUCCACAAUGGCAAGCCCGUUUGCGAGUCCCUCCUCAUCGUCCAGUACAUCGACGAGACCUGGGGUCACGAGUCUCCUCUCCUGCCUUCGAAUCCUUACGAGCGUGCCCGGGUCAGGUUCUGGGCCGACUAUGCGGACAAGAAGAUGUAUCAGGUGGCGCGAACAGUGUUCCUGUCGAUGGGGGAGGUCCAGGAGGCGGCGAAGAAGGAGUACAUCGAGUGCUUGAAGGUGUUGGAGGGAGAGCUCGGGGACGAGGCUUACUUUGGCGGGGAGAGGUUCGGGUAUGCGGAUUUGUCGUUGAUACCCUUCUAUAGUUGGUUAGAUGCUUUGGGGAAAUUGGCCGACUCUAGCAUCGUGGAGGAGUGCCCCAAGCUGGCGGCGUGGGCCAAGCGGUGCAUGCAGAGGGAGAGCGUGGCCAAGUCGUUGCCCGACCAGCACAAGCUCUAUGACUACAUCAUAGAGAGCAGGAAAGAGCUUCAGGCGAAAUAGACAACUCUCCUGAGUCUGAUUAUGGUCAUCUUAUGACAAUUGUAAAGUAAUAAGCCCUCUCCUUUGGACGAGGCUAAGCUUCUUUGUACUUCUAUGGUUUCCUUUCUGUAUUCCAGUGCUUCUGGAUCAGUUAAUAAACUAUACACAGCAUUUCAUCAAUUC